AUGCCUCCUGCGCGUCGUGUUCCCGGGAAGUCCUCUAACUCGAACUCUAGGUCACAGGGCUCUAACAGCGCCAACAGCUCAGCUUUUGGUGGAGAACCCGGGCAAGGCAACGAUGACGGUAUCGCCAACACCUCCGCGGCCGCCCCUAGCGAGCAGGUUCCCCAAGAACCUCCCCUCGGUGCUGGUUUUGGAGCCCUUCAAGCUUUCCUCCAAGACCACGAGUUGGAGGAGGCCGAUCUGUGGUUUCUUGAAGACAACGACCUUCCCGAUCUCAUACUUAGAGUUCAACUACGUCGGUACCGUACGACGAGGGUACCCCCGCCAAUCGCGAUGUUCGGUCAACCCGACGACACUGGCAAUGCCCCAGAGAAG